AUGUCGACAACCGCCUCCGUCCCUGUUGAAAACAAGUCUGCCAAGAAGCGCAAGGGCAAAGGCGAAGCUGCUGCUGGUGGUGCAGUGACUCCCUCUCUGGAAGCAUCGGCUCCUGCUGAAACCCAUCCUACUACCAAUGGUGUCGAGUCUCAUGGCGAGAGCUCCUUCAUCAAAGAUCUGACAAAGAACAUCCGCAACAUUAACAAGAAAAUCUCGUCCUCUGCCAAAGCCGAUGCCGUCGUCAGCGAAAACCCCGGCGUUGCCCUCGAUGACCUCGUCGCCCAAAGAAAACUCAAUGCGGACCAGAAAGCUCAGAUCCUGAAGAAACCCGCUCUGCAAGCUCAGCUUCAGCAGCUCGAAGAACAACUCUCCAACUUCCGUGCAUUCGCCCAGGAGCUCGAGGAGAAAGCCGCAAAAGAGAAGGCUCAUCUGAUUGAAGCCCACGAGGCAGAGAUCGCAAAGGUCAGAGAGGAGGUCACUCAGGUAGCUGAGGACACCAAAGAGAAGGCAGUCGAGGACGCGCUGCGUACCAUCAUACAAUUUCUCCACACCGCAGCAUCAAAGCGUCAAAUUGAGGAUGCCGAGUCCGACGAAGCUCAUGCCUUCGAAGGUGCUUUACUGCUAGUCUAUCAAGGCAAUGAUGCUGCCCUGUCUACCUUGAAGAAUUUAGUCUACGGCACCGAUGACAAGGUCAUCGAUGUGCAUGGCGAACCUCUCGACUUCACCUUCGCCCAGGUCAAGAAGUCUUCGGCGCAGAGUUCAGCGCCUGAAGUCGAAGACAAGAUUGCGGUACCGGAUGAAGAUAUUCCUGCACCGGAAGCGGUGACUGACAGCACUGUUGCGAAUGCUGGUCUGACAGAACUUGAUGACGCUGUCGCCGUACAGGCGGAGCUCAACGGUGCCGAGGCUGUGCCGGACGCUGAUAUUGCCUCUGCUGCCCCGGAGCAAACGUCUAUCGAUGCCGGAGCUGCCAACGCAAUUGCAGAAGAAUGGGAUCCACAGGCAUCUGCGAUCACUGAUACUAGCGCCACCAACGACGAGUGGGUGCAGGUUCCCCGUGACCCUGCAGAGACCGACACGGGUGUGACUGCUACGCCAGCUGCGGCAGUCCAGGCAACCAAUAGCUGGGCUGAGGAGGUAGGUGCUGCCGCUACCAACGUGGAAGACAAACCUGCUGCCGAGAAUGAUGGUUUCUCCGAGGUGCGUCGUGAGCGCGGACGAGGCCGUGGUGGACGUGGUGGCCGUGGCGAGUUUAGAGGACGCGGCCGUGGUGGACGUGAUGGUCACCGAGGUGGGGGACGAGGAGGACGCGAUGGCCAAGGAGGCGGCAAGGGUGCUCGUGGAGGCGGCGCCGUCCGUGGCGAGAACAAGAGCUAG